AUGGAUGAACAUAUUCCGGACGCCAUGGUGAACCGUGACGAUCUUGCCCCCAUGCUGGACAUGAAGAAGCCGAGGCGCAGAAGCGGCUCUCCAGACAGUGCACAUUCACGAUCAUCCUCGCAGUCAAAGAACUCUAUCCAGGACAGAUUAUUCUCCAACGAUGCCAGACUUUUACAACAAAUCAUCCCCGCCGACGACGAUGGUGACCUCGGAGAUAAGGCCUUUGUGGCAUCUCCCAAGCGGCCACCCUUUAGUCUACCGACUAUGUCCAACAAUUUUCGCCGGUUUAAUGCAAGAAUCGGCGUAGUGUUUCUCUUCCAGACUCGAGUUGAACGUGUGCUCAGCUGGGAAACACCAGCACAUACGAUAUCUUUUCUAUUCGUCUAUUCUUUCAUCUGCUUGGAUCCGCACCUGGUUCUGAUUCUACCCUUGGUGGUUCUACUUCUGUUUAUCAUGGUGCCGGCGUUUAUAACCCGCCACCCUCCACCACCCUCUACAUCUACGUCUAGUAUCGUUCCAUACUACUCAUAUGAAGGUCCGGCACUAGCACCAGCAAAGACGAUAAAACCGGCUUCGGAGACCUCCAAGGAUUUCUUCCGCAACAUGCGAGAUCUCCAGAACGUCAUGGCAGAUUUCUCAGAUGCUCACGAUGCAAUCAUCGGCGUGGUUGCUCCACUGACGAAUUUUUCAAACGAAAAGCUAUCCUCGACUAUCUUCCUAGGGGGUACGGUGGCUACAGCGGUAAUGUUCAUCAUGGCGCAUCUCUUGCCUUUGAAGUUGAUCAUGCUGGCAGUUGGCAACGCUGCCGUUCUGUCUAUCAACCCCAAAGUGCAACACUUUGUCAAGGGCUUAAUGGAGGAUGUGGGUAGCGGAUUAUCGGACCUGGACUCGAUAGCUGGCGACGAGGACGAGGGUGGAUUUGGAGCUGCGAUCCCCAAGGAUCCCUCCGUUGCAAUGUCUGCACUGGAACAGUUGGCAGAGAUCUCACUUGACACCGACCCCGAAGAGCGAGAAGUCGAGAUUUUUGAGCUCCAGCACCGAACAUCUGAAAUGUCAGAGUCUGGAUGGGAGAAUUUCCUGUUCAGCCCCCAGCCGUAUGACCCUUUGUCGCCCUCACGCAUCGCCGGAGAUCGGCCCCGCGGAUGCCGGUUCUUCGAUGACGUCCAGCCUCCCUCUGGCUGGAGAUGGAAGAGCAAGAAAUGGGAACUUGACUUGGAUUGCCGAGAGUGGGUAGUCGAGCGUAUGAUUACUGGGGUUGGGUUCGAGCUUCCGGGGGUCACCCCGGAUGGCAACGCCAUCAUUGAUCAGGUUGGUGGCUGGGUCUGGGAUCUCCCCUCUGAGCAAUCCACUACGCGAGAAGAAGAGGACGACGAAGUAACUCCCAUGGCAUACGGUGAUCUGGACGUGUCGACCCCAUCAUCCAAGUCAAAAGCCGCCUCGCCGCCAAAGGGCAAGCACCGGGCGAAGUUAUCCGGAGACUGGGAGGAAGCAGCUCCUGCUUCCUAUGGAGUAGGAGAGUGGCGACGCCGACGAUGGGUGCGGAUUGUGCAGCGCAUGAAUGCUCCACCCACUGGAGCUGUCACCGUCACAUACUCGACCCUGGGCCAGAAUUAA